AAGAGCUCUCUUUGAACAGCGCGCAUGCGCAGAACGUUCUGGUUCAGCAGUGCGCAUGCGCAAAUAACAGCGCGGCCCUAACGCACGUUUGUUGGUGAAAUGGAUUCCCAGAAGGACAUGCAGCCUCCUAAACAGCAGCCCAUGAUCUACAUCUGUGGAGAGUGUCACACAGAAAAUGAGAUCAAGGCCAGAGACCCGAUCCGCUGCAGAGAGUGCGGCUACAGAAUCAUGUACAAGAAGAGGACGAAGAGACUGGUCGUGUUCGACGCCCGAUGAACUCCAACCCAACAGAUUUUCCUGCUCCGAGCUGAAACCCUUUAGUUUUUUUUUUGUUUUUUUUCUCCAUUUUAGUUUGAAAUUGUAAAUAAGUGUUUGUAGAAGUUAAAUUUUCAAAUACAGUUUUGUGUUAAAAAAAAAAAAAAAAAGCUGAGUCAUUGUCCUGUU